UCAUUUUUGAUCGAUUUUCAAUUUUGUAUUGAAAUGAAAACUAAAUGCAACGCCGCCGGUUUAGAUUUUUAUUUUACAAGUUUUGUUGAAAUGUAAUGAAAUACAAUUUUGUUAAAUAAUAAAAUAUAAUGUCGUUCACUGUUCUGUGCUCAUUUGUGUUAGCAUUUUACGUUGUGUUAUGGUUUUUUGACUCAUUUUUCAAGAGCUGUAUGCACUACCCGUACUACGCAUUUUUGGAAGGAACGGGUCUAAAAAUCGGAGUUUUUAAUUUCACUUGGAAAACUACAGCAUUCAACAGAUUUAUAUACAGAUGGAGCAAGAACUUAACGCGCGUUUUGCGAAAAUGGUUCAACUUCGGUUUUAUUUUUGCAAUAGCACUAUUUUUACCGUUCGCUAUAUGGACCCUGCUGAAUUUUAUUUUCGAGCAUUUCCAUGAGUCCAUACAGAUAAACAGUGUACCGGAAGUGAAGGCAAUGUUGCCCGGCGUCAAUAUACCAGCUUCAGAUUUCUGGGUAUACUUUAUGGCUAUUGGUUUCAGCUCCAUAUUCCAUGAACUUGGACAUGCAGCCGCUGCAGCACAAGAAGAUGUGCAACUCCUCACAGUUGGAGUGUAUGUCUUUGCAAUAAUACCAAUAGCAUUUGUAGAACUCAACACAGAACAUUUGAAUAGCCUGAGCAUAACGAAAAGACUUAAAAUAUACUGUGCCGGUGUUUGGCAUAAUAUUGCCUUGGCAUUUAUAGCCAUGCUGCUGUUUUUCUCUGCACCAAUACUAUUUAGCAUAGCUUACAAAACUGAUAUUGGAGUUAGGGUAACAGGGUUUACAAGUGAUUCACCAUUAAAGAAUCCCAGAGGAUUGGAAGACAGUGAUGUCAUAUUAUCUAUAAAUGGUUGUCCAAUAAAGAAUGCAAAGGACUGGUCAUACUGCCUUCACGUGGCUCACGAUCGUUACGGCAUCUGUACAAGUGCAGAAUAUAUAGCGCAGAAUGAUGAAAUAAUGAUGGAGACUAUCAAGGAAAAUGAUGUUGUUGAAUGUUGCCGAAAGGAUGAUUUGUACAGCUUCUGCUUUGAGUAUAUGGAACCUAAGUCUGUAGUGGAUACUGUUCUGGCAGGACAGUAUUCCUGUCUGAAACCCAGAGAUAUGGUUAAGAGUAAACUAACUAAAUGCACAGAAGCAAAUGGGUAUACAUGCCCAAGAAACAUGCAUUGUUUAAAACCGUCUUUAAACAAUCAAACAUAUCUUCUAAUCAUUGAAAGGAAAGACAAUCAUGCAGUGUUAUAUUUGGGAUUACCGUACGAUUUGCACAAAACAGUUUUUGUUGAUCAGUAUUUCCCCAGAAGUGCUAUAAUUUCAUUUUUCUCACCUAUGCAGUUUGAAAAGCUUUUACGUUACAUUUUUAUAUUUUCCUUAGGUAUAGGACUUUUGAAUGUACUGCCAUGUUAUGGUACCGAUGGUCAUCAUAUAGCUAGAAAUAUGAUUCAGUGGUUAGCAUUAUAUUUGAAUAAGAAUGGGGACUUUAUAACAUUCUUCACAGUAUUUACAGUGGUUGUUGGUACAGGUAUAACAGUGCCAAUUUUAUUGUACUUAUUUUAUAAAGCAAUAUUUAUUGAUAAUUAUUAUUAGGAAGGCAAGGAACUUGGUAUUUUUCAUAUUCUAAUUGUUAAAUACUGCAAUCCAAGGCAGCAAAUACUAAAGGAAAUUUAAUUUUUUUUAAAUUUAAUUCACAAAUUUCAAUUCGAUUUUCCUUUAUUUCAAGUAUGCUUAGUUUACAAGCACUUUUCAAAUGGUAAGUUUGAUUGUAGUCACUACUACCUCUUUGGAAGGGCAGAACCGAAUUUAGUUACCAAAUUGAGUAACCAUAAUUUAACUGAGAUCAAAAUGAACUAAUAUACUCGUAAUCAUAGAUUUAAGAGUCGGUAUGGUCUACCUUGUAGUAGUAUCAUAAUGUUAGUAUGUCAUAAAAUUAAUGCUUCUAAUAAUUGCUUUCAAUUGUAUAAAAUAUCUGCCAGGUUGACUGAUCAGUAUUUCUCCUCAUGACACCUAAAAUAACAGAAAGUUAGAUCUUGGUAGAAUUCAGCCUACAAUCUUUGCAUUUUAAAUGUUAUUAAAAUAGAUUACAUAUAGUAUAUAGAAUACAUUUGUAAAUAAACCAUAUAGCUGCUAAGAAGUAGGGCAUGUAGUUAAUAAGUAGGGUAAACAAUUUAAUAAAGUAUGUUUUCCUUUUA